AUGGAAGGAAGAAGACGCCAACGAGAGUUGCCCCUCAGUAAUGAUCACACAACUGUUCCUUCUGCAAAUGAUGAUGAGAUAUUAAUGCUUGGUGAUCCUACAGAUGAUACCGAGGCACAUGUGACGGGAUCUGAUGAUGUGGAAGUUGCCUACGGAAGUGCAUUUUAUCUACAGGAGGAUUAUCUUCAACGUCUACGUCAACGACAUCAUCGCGACAACUCCACCGAGCGAGAUGAUAACGGCGGUAUUCACAAUAAUAAUAAUAAUAAUAAUAAUAAUAAUAAUAAUAAUAGUGAUAUUGGAUUUGAUGAGGGAAUGGGUUUAAUAAGGGGAAAGGGUGGAGAACAGCAGAAGAGGAAUAAGGAGUUGGAGGAGGAGUUUGAUCUUGUGGUGAACACACGACUACAGCCGUUGUUUUUCCAACUUAAUAAAGACUUCCCAGCGGUACUCCCACGCACAUCAUCAUCAUCACCAUCAGAAGAAGAAGAAAAAGGAAUAGAAGGGAAAGAAACAGAGAAUCCAUUAACAGCGCUUGCUGUACAGAAUGAAAAGUCUGAUAUUAUAUUACCUGUGGUGAACUCUACAUGUCGUUUAGUCCAAAGUGCGGCGAAGGGAAGUGCGAUGCUUGUCUCUCUUAAACGACAACAAGAAGUGGAGCGUACCACUCGAGCGGCAAUGGAUACAAGUAAGUCUGAUCUUUCACGAUUAAUGCGAAAAGGAGAAGCAGGACAACAAGUAAUGACAAUGGAAGAAGAGGAAGAAGAAGCGAAUAAUAAUAAUAAUAAUAAUAAUAAUAAUAAUAAUAAUAAUAAUAAAAAGAACGUUAAUUCUUUGAAUUCCUGGACAAAUACUGAGGGAAAUACAGAUGAAGAUAUGGAGGGUGAAGCAGAGAUGCUGCGUCGUAAGAUUCGUAUAGAACAGGCAAAACUAGAUCAUAUGAUGGAUCCUACAAAUCCUAAUGCUUUUAGUAAAGUUGUUAAUGCUGCAAGUAUUGAGGAAAUAGAAAAAGAGGAACGUGCACGACAAUAUGCAAAUACAUUACGAAGACGUCAAGAAAAACUGGAUCGUGUUCAAGAAGCUAAAAAUCAAUUAGCAGAAUCUAGUAGUCAUACGGAUGAUUAUAUGGCGAAACGUCUUGCUUUACUAGCGGUAAGGCAACAGUUACCUAUUUAUCGAUGUAAAGAUGAAUUACUUCGAUGUAUUGGAGAAAACUCGGUUUGUGUUGUUGUUGGUGAAACAGGAAGUGGUAAAACCACUCAAUUAGUACAAUAUUUAUAUGAACGUGGUUAUACUCGUAGUGGUGGUGGUGGAAUUAUUGGAUGUACACAACCAAGACGUCUUGCCGCUAUUGGUGUUGCUCGUCGUGUAAGUGAAGAGAUGGGAUGUGCCUUAGGAACACGUGUGGGAUAUGCAAUUCACCUUGAUGACUGUACAACAGAAGAAACAGAAAUAAAAUUUAUGACGGAUGGUGUACUUCUUCGUGAGAUUGUACGGGAUCCGGAUGUCAGUAAGUAUAGUGUUAUUGUAUUAGAUGAGGCGCAUGAACGUUCUAUUAAUACAGAUGUACUUUUAGGGGUUUUAAAGGCGGCUGUUCGUCGUCGUACAGACUUAAAACUUGUAGUUACAUCCGCUACUAUGGAUAUUGUAAAAUUCUCAAAAUUCUUUGGAAAUGCCCCUUUUUAUGAAAUUCCUGGACAAACAUAUGAUGUAGAACUACAAUACACUUCAGCCCCUGUAGAUGAUUAUGUAGCGGAUGCUGUAUUUCGAGUUUGUCAAUUACAUAUUCAAAUGCCAUUAGAGGGAAAACAUGAUAUUCUUGUUUUCAUGACAGGUAGAGAUGAUGUUCUUGGGGUAUGUGAAUUAAUACGACGUCGUUUACAAGAGUUAGAUCCAAAAUGGCUGGAAACAUUAUUAAUAUUACCAUGUCUUUCAGAGGCGGUCAAUACAUCCACUGGGGUGUUAACUGCUACUCCACCAGGAAUGCGUAAGUGUGUGGUGGCGACAAAUGUCGCCGAAACAUCCUUAACUAUUGAUGGUAUUCGAUAUGUUGUAGACUGUGGAUUUAUGAAAACAAAUGUGUUUCGUCCAAAACUUGGAAUGAAUACACUACAAAGAUAUCCAGUAUCACAAGCGCAGGCAAAUCAACGUAAAGGUCGAGCAGGUCGUACAACAUCCGGAGUAUGUUUUCGACUAUAUACGGAGGCACAAUUUACACAUGAAAUGCUCAUCAGCAGUGUACCAGAAAUACAACGUAGCAGUAUUGAUAGUGUCGUAUUAUUAUUAAAAAGCAUUGGUGUAUCGCGGCUUAUUGAUUUUGACUUUAUGGACCCCCCACCAGCGGCAAACAUCCGUCGAAGUAUGUGGCAGUUAUGGGUAUUAGGACUUCUUGAUGAUACAGGUGCUAUUACUACAGAUGGAAGACGGGCAUUGGAGUUUCCACUUGCCCCUUCAUUGGCGAAAAUGUUAGUAGAUAGUGUAGAGCGUGAAUGUGCUGUAGAGACGGUUCGAAUUGUUUCAAUGAUAUCAGCAGACCCUAAAGGACUUUUUGAACUCCCAAAGGAUAGAGAAGAAACUGCUCGACAGCAUCAUGGACGUUUUUACGUGAAUGACUCGGAUCAUCUUACUUUAUUAAAUGUCAUGACACACUUUAUUGAAAAUGGAAAGUCACGACAAUGGGCAAAGGAUCAUUUCUUACACUCACCAACUCUCAUACGUGCGUGUGAAGUACAGCAACAGUUAAUAGAGCGGUUACGACAAUUAAAACUUCCUAUUCUAUCUUGUGGACAUAAAGGACUUGAUCAGGUGCGACGGUGUGUAGCGAAUGGUUUUUGUCUACAGUCCGCUCGCCGCUCCAAUACAAACUGGAGUGAAUACCGUUCAAUGCUCAAUGCUGGUGUGACAUGCUAUAUCCAUCCCUCCUCUGCUGUUUGUGCGCGUGCGGAGAUGCCACUUUAUGUGGUGUACCAUGAUUUGCUUCUCACUACUCGUGAGUAUCUCGUGAUGGUGACGGCUGUGGAGCCCUCUUGGCUGUCUGAGGCCUCUCGUGGGGUUUUCUGCACCAAGAGGGCACUGAGAGACUCCACGAUAACAACAACAAGGACGAUGAUAUCAGCCCCGGAAGGAACUACGGCCUUGGCGGCAGUCUCGUCCACACGUGAAGUACGUGCAGUUCCUCCCGCAAGAGGCAUGAGACAACCCCCCGCAAUG